AUGAUUGCUGCAUCGACUUAUAGAACAAUUCCAAAGUUAAUUGCUACCACUACUGCUGCCAAUUCAUUAAAAUUUGUUCGUUUUGCAGCUAGUGCCUCAUCAUCACCACCACCAACAACAACAACAACAACCAAAUCAUCAACGUCUUCUAAUUCCGUUGGUGAUGAAAAUCUUCCAACUAAUAAAGAUGAAUGGGAAACUCCUGGUUUUAUUAAACAUAAGAAAGCUCCAUUUGAUAUUGAAACCAAAGUUUAUAAUAAUGCUGGUAUUGAACAACAAGAUGAUGAUAAAUUCUUAACUACUCCAAUGUAUCCACAUAUUAAAUAUUCAGAAGCUGGUAUUCAUAGAGUUAAUGUUACUCACCGUCCACCAGUUACUCUUGGUGAUAAAAUUUCAUAUUAUGGUACUAUGACCGCCAGAAAAUGUUUUGAUUUUGUUACUGGUUAUGCUUGUCCACUACCUGAUAAACCACACAUGUAUGAUGGUACCAGAUGGGAAAUGACUGAAGGAAAAUGGAUGACAAGAGUUAUUUUCUUGGAAUCUGUUGCUGGUGUUCCUGGUUCAGUCGCUGGUUUUAUUCGUCAUUUACAUUCGUUAAGAAUGUUAACUAGAGAUAAAGCUUGGAUUGAAAGUUUACAAGAUGAGGCUUAUAAUGAAAGAAUGCAUUUAUUGACUUUUAUUAAAAUAGGUAAACCAAGCUGGUUUACAAGAACUAUUAUUUAUAUUGGUCAAGGUGUUUUCACUAAUAUUUUUUUCUUUUUAUAUUUAAUGAAUCCAAGAUAUUGUCAUAGAUUUGUUGGAUAUUUGGAAGAAGAAGCUGUGAGAACCUAUACUCAUUUAUUGGAUGAAUUAGAUAAACCAGGAAAAUUACCAAAUUUUCAAAAUAUGCAAAUUCCAACAAUUGCAGUUGAUUAUUGGCCAAGUUUAAGUGAAGAAUCAAGUUUUAAAGAUUUAGUUGCAAUUAUUAGAGCUGAUGAAUCUAAACAUAGAGAAGUUAAUCAUACUCUUGCUAAUUUAGACACUUGGAAAGAUAGAAAUCCUUUUGCUUUACAAAUUAAAGAUGAUCCUAAUCCUCAACCAAAUUAUGGAUUAGAUGUUGUUAGACCUAAAGGUUGGCCUAGAAAGGAUUUGUUCCUUUAA